AUGAAAGCGGGGUUCCUCGGGGGGCAGAGGAGGUCUACCAGGGCUACCAGGGUGCGGGUGCGUGAUGCGCCCGCCGCAGACGACGACGACGACGAGGACGUCCCGCCUCCCCUCGUCCGCGACAGCGACGGCUCUGAUGACGACGACGAUGCGGCGAGCGACGAUGGCCCGCCCUCGCUGGUUGAGUUCCGCGGUUCCGGAAGCGACAGCGACUACUCGACGGUAUCGGGCGAAUCUCCGCCGCCCCUCGUAGACGACGACGAAGAGUUCGACUCCGACGCCGACGUCUCCGACCCCGACGAGUCCGGCGACGGCCGCGCUCGGGCCCGGGGCGCCCGAGUGAAUGGUCCCGGCGCCGGGUCCGCCGCGUCCAGGUCGUCCAAGUCGAUCGAGAGGGACGGAUCGUACUACUGCACGUGGAAGAUUCCCGGGGUACGUCAGGGCAUGGACAACCCGACCAGACAACAGUACCACACACAGUACGUGGACGUGGGCGAGAUGUGGGACAACCUCGGAGGCCGAUGGGACGACGACACCGAUAAAAACAACGAGCUCGCCGGACUCCAGCCGGUUCAACAACGCGCGCGAUUGAUCCUGUACCCGAGCGGGGACUCCGCGUCGAGGCGCGGGUGGGCGUCGUGCUACCUGCAGAUGAAGCAGUUCCAGCGCGUGCGGACGGACGGCGGCGACGAGUGGGUCGAACACAACAAAGGGGGGAUGUUCUUCUCCAACUUUGCGCACUACUACGUCGCACCCACGCAAGGUCUGCGCGACGACGAAAUCCCGGGGUUCUGGGAAGAGCUACCGCCCGCGUUCUACACCUACCACAGAUUCAACAUGAACAGGAGGUCUCACGGAUGGGCGGACUGGUGCCAAGAGGCGAAGCUUCGCGAGCAUCUCGACCCGGACGGCGCCCUGUGGGUGACGGCGAAGAUAACCAUACUGAAGGAGAGAAGCCAGCUCUUCCCCGACGAUCGCGGCCGAGGCGUCGGUGGGGUCGGCGGCGAGGUUGGAAGCGGCAGGUUCACGUGGCACAUCGAGAACAUGGACUCGUUCCUUGGCAUGAUGAAGCAACACAAGGUGACCUCGCCUGAAUUUCGGUGCGGCGUGAGCGACAUGCCGUUUUGCGUAUCCGUCCACGAGACAGAUCCCAUGGACAAGUCGGGUUCAAACCUCGGCCCCGCGGACGCGAGUAGUAAGGGUUUAGGGAUCGACCCGAACGAAAAGGUUUCGCAGCUGUCGAUAUGCCUCGAAGUCGCCGACGCUUACACGAAGGAGCGCCGGAUCAGCUUCACCGACACCACCUGGCUCCUUUUCCGCGUGACGCUCCACCACAUCUUUGACAGCAAGGCGAGCAUCCACCGGGAUACGUACGGUCGUAUGGCACGGAACAACCCCAUGGGGGAUGACGAGUCAUUAGGCUUCAGAUCGUUCAUCCCCAUGGAGGACUUUGUCGAAAGCGGCUACCUCGGGCUCCGUGAGAAGGAAAACAACACCAGCAUCACGGUGACGUUCCUCGCGCUGAGGGAGGCGUCGGAGGCGAAGACGUCGUCGUGGUACGCUCUUCCGUCGCAGUGCAGGGAUCCAGUGCUGGCGGCCGCAUCGCAGAAGCCGGGGGGACCCUCGGUGGGCGCACAGCUAUCGGUGGGGAAACCAUCCACCGCACCAGGAUCGUUUACGGUGACGCACGCGCCGGUCGUCAAAGGCAUCGCGGGCGGGAUUCCGGACGAACCUAGAACAGCUAUCAAGGGCAAGCGCCCCAAGGGUCAACGGCCGCAAGAUAACACGGAUAACGGUCGCAUGCAGUGCGUGGGGCGCUUCGUGUGGCGAAUCGACAAGUUCAGCAAGCUCAAAGACAUCGUGAAGAAGCGCAAGAUCAGCAAUCUGAGCAUAAAGUCGCCGCAGUUCACGGUGGGCGGAUACAGCAUGCGGCUGAUCAUGUACCCGCGCGGUAUGACAAAUGAUAACCAGGAUAAACCGCCAACGCACAUGGCCGUCUUCCUCCAGGUCUCGCCCGGGCGAGGACACGUUGGGAAGGGAAUGUUCAGUUACAGAUACAGAGAGUCUGACAACUUGCAACUCUGCAACAACUCUGACGACUUUGUAAGCUCACUCUGGAGCUGUUUCGUGUCGCACAAGCUCGGCUUGUUAAACCAGAAGGACCCGAGCAAGUCUAUCAGCCAUAACGACCAGAAAAGGCACUCGUACGAACAAAGUAAAUGGGGCUACGAAGAGUUUGUGCACUUAACCAGGGUCUUUGACGACAAGGAAGGAUUUUUGGUGGACGACUCUCUGGUGCUCACAGUCGAGACACUCGUCAUGGCAGAGUCCGGCGAGGCCACCCCCGGGCCCCGUCUGUGGACCCCGCCCAGGGCGUUGUGGCACUUCGACCCCCUGACGCCGAAAGGCCGCGCGAGCAGAAUCCUGAACGCAGAGCUAGUGAAGGUCUUUGACUGGAUGGGCGUCAAGUCCGCGCCAGACGACGAGCAUUACCUGAACCUCGAUGCCACCCUCAAGGAGGCUUUGGAGGAGUGCCGUGUGGAAUACCCCGACGACCCCAUGUUCUCCUGGACCUGGGAUCCAACCAUAUGCGAUCCAGAGAAGGUUUACCCGGACUGGGAGUAUGCCGCGAAGGAUGACUUUUUCAGCGUCAACGCGGCUCGAUCCUGUUUCGCGAUGUGCUGUCAACUCGACUGGAUGGACGCGGAAGGGAUGCUCAACGGCGAGAGGCCGGUGCCGACGUCGGAGACACCGAGGCUGUGGACACUCUUCGGCAUCGCGCUGCGGUGGGACGAGGCGAGUGCAAACCCCCCCGAGUCAUGGAGGUUAUCAAAUCAAUUCCAUGAGCUCCUCACCGAUUUCAUGGAGGCAUUCCGCGACAUGUUCGCCAAGAUUGACCAGUCUGUUGACCAGUAUAAGCUCGCCGGAUUCAUGGACGUGUUCUACGAUCGGGAGAAUACCAAGGACGGGGACGCGAUACAAACGAACAAAUGGCUGUGUUUUUUCCGGAUGCUGCGGAUCAUGUCCCUGCAGUACCUCGCGUUCCAGUUUCCCGAUCGGAAGAUUCGUUCAAAGGUGAUCUCAGAGCUGCGCACUCCGGGCGCCCCGGCACUUCCUCCUGUCUUCUACGAGAGAAAAGAGGCAUUUGUCGUCCACAAAGACGGGAUGCAGUUAUGCGUGCUCGACUACCCCCACUUGAUGUUCUUCUUCAGGUGGCACCCACGCACGGCUUAUAUUACUCAUUACCCUUUCGGCUGCAUGGCGAUGGAUUUCAGCUGGAAGAUUGACAACUUCACGAUCUUCCGUGAUGUCAUCGAGCAGGAGAGAGUGUUUACCAACGUGAUCAACUACAAAAAUCUCGUCGACCUGGAACUGUUCAUGCUCGCGAACAACGGCCAGCUCCGCUUCAUCAUCAAAGCCAAACCGGGGAGAGGCUAUCGUCGUCAGAUAUCGUCAGCUAUCGUCAGCUAUCGAAUUGCGGUGAUGAACGCGAAACAACCCACCAAGACUGUGUGGCUAACCGGAAAGUUGACGACGAACGACCAAGACGCCGAGUUGGAGUACAUGCCGUUGACCACGCUGCUGGACAGGGAGUCCGGGUUCCUGCAGAAAGAAUCCAUCACCGUGCAGAUGUGCAUGGUCGAUCUCCUGCUCCAUUCCGGAACCACAUCAUCGUCGCCGGCAACCGCCCUCGCCGCGCCGGCGGAGAAGGCGACGUGCCUAGGCGGGUUGGACGAAUCUCAUAGCGAGACGUGGCACAGGAUGGGGAAACACAAACAAAGACAGGUUUUGAUGGAAUCACUCGAUGGCGCCUUCGCCUCUUCCUCACUCGCGCCGCUCCUCAAAAGUAUUCCUUCGGAAGAGCGCGCGAGGUUCAUCAAGGAUGCGAAGGAACACAUUGGAGACAGGUUUCGGGAAAUCGGCGUCGACGACAUGGGAGACAGGUUUCGGGAAAUCGGCAUCGACGACAUCGACAACAUGGAGCAGUACAUGGAGCAGUUUGGCCACAUGACGAAAUUCCUGGAGCAUAAGCUGAGCGAUAUACAAAACGCGCCCGAUGAGAUCAGGCCUAGGCUGAACCUGAACAUGAACGAGGCGCUGCAGGCGCUGAAGGCGCUGGACGGCAUCAGCGCCUGCAAGACGGGGCCGGCGCAGGAAAGAAUCGAAAAGUUGAGAUCAUUAUUCAUUGAGAUCAGAAAAGAUCUAGCAAAGGCGGCGAACGAGGAGGGUCCGGCGUCCGCGCCCAAUGCGAUUGUGUCUGGAGAAGAAGAGAAGACGUUCCUCGAAAUACUGGGAAGGCACACCCUCGAGAUGAAUCCGGAAGAUCCAGUGUCGCUCGCUUUUCCUGGUCAAAAAGUGAGGCUUUCCUUGCCGUGGAUCUGGGACGAACCCAAUCCUCACGAGAAAUUGACCCACCCCGCCUGGAACACCCCCGACGCUGCCGUUGUAUCCGAAACCCUCGCAUCCAGCUCCACACCCACACAAGACGCAUGUAUGCUCUUGUACAGUGUACCGCACGAGUGGAUCCGCGACUGGCAUCUGUUCCCCGAGAUUAGGGCUAACCCUAACCCCGAUGAGCAUCGUCAAGAUGUGGACGAGUCCAAUCACCGAAUUGCGUUCCGGCAGCUCGUGGCGACAAACCCCAAGGCGAAGAAGGACAUCGUCCUCAUACUGCACAAGCUGUUCAGGGAUUCUUACACAAUAUGGCAGAUCUUUGGAGGCGGCGCAGCAUUCAUCGAAUCUCUUGACUAUGCUUUCCUAGACCGUGACUACUACAACGACGCGCGGAUUGGUAGGCACGACAUCGCCGUGCCCGCGGCUGGUGAAACUGCUGAUGAACCCCCCAACAAUUGGCGUUCGUACAGGAAACUGCUGCAAAUCCUGGAGGUAUAUAUGAGCGUCGAGUGCCUGCGCGGAUUCAUCUUCUGGCGGGUGCUCCGUGCGAUGAAGGAGAUGUGGCAUCUUUCCACGCACCAGUUCUUUCCAAAGAAUGGUGAGUGGCCCAAAGACAGGACACUGCCGGCGGAUUUUGACUACGCCUCGCACGCGGUCAACCCCGAGGCAUUCUGGCCGGAUCACGCGGAGUUUGCGAAAUCCGAGGGUAUCUUUGAGGGUUUGGCGUACUCCAUCGUCACGAUGCUUGUUCGCGCGCACGAGCUGGAAAUUGCUGAUCAUCUCGACGAAGCGAACGGAUAUAUUGGCGACCAUUACCCGCUCGAGAAGCUGGAAUGGACUGAAUCACCUCCUGAUGAGCAGUUUGAAGAGGCGCUUGACAAAUGCGUGGGCUUCGGCAUCCUGUGCGAGAUCGCCAGGCUUGGCAUCCACCUCAAGCACCUGCAAGUGAAGCAAAAAAAUCCUCGGACCAAAAUCAAUCAGUUUGUGGCCGAUGUUUGUCCCUCCCCCGCUCAUCUCGUCUUCCACAAGAUUGUCUUCCACCUUCCAAAGCUGACGCCAAAUACACCUGUGUGGCACACGGAGUUGAUGAAGAUGCUCAUGGGACUUGCGAACGCCUCACCCGAGGUUAUCGAGAGGCAGUGCAGAUACCUCGACCUCAUCGCCGGUGUCGGGCUGGACGAUCUCGAUUCCGAUACGGCUGAAAAGCUUCGCGGCAGGGGCUGCGGGAGGCUGAUAUUAAUCGAUCCCGACUGGUGGAGAAACACAGCGUUCCUUGGCGAGUUAACGGAACACACCGUGAACGAAAAGUACUGGACAAAUGCGCGAACGACAGCAGACCAGAAGAAGGAGGACCAAUUCCAUGCGAGCACAAAGAUGGAACACUUCAUACGGUACCUAUAUCCCCUCAUGCCCGACGACACGAGGCAACACAUCACAAAGCCCGAGUUUGGAACCCUUCGCCCUGAACAUGUUCAAAGGAUCCGCGGCGUGUACUUCGAGGCGAUGCGCAGGCUCGUCCUGGAUGAACGCAGCGGGGAUUAUCUCGCAGACAAUUUGUGUGAUUUCGUCAGUGAGUGCAAGUACCCGACGAGUGAGCUUGACGCUGCGCUCGCAGCGUGCCUGGAGGUCAAACAGUCCUUCGACAACGACAAGAAGAACAUUCUUCGCAUCCGCAAAAUGCUGAUUAUUGGCGCGUGUCAUCAAGAGAGCGCGCAUUGGUAUUGGCAACUCGUCGGUGAGUCUCAUUGGAACAGGGUAGGGCUUUUGAAACAGGAACCAGACCGACAUCCUCGAGCUGGUAAGCUGGUGCGCUGGCUCCUGCAGCAGGCCAUGGCCAGAAACCCGGCAGCUGCGUCGGAAUUUGUCAACGACGCCUUCAUGAAAAUUGACUCCUACGAGGUUGCAAAAGUUGCACCUUGGGAAAUUUGCAUGCUUCCUGAAAUCGACCUGCCGCUCCUGUUUGAGUGCUGCCGCUACGUCGGCGUAAGGGAUCCCAAGUUCCCGCUGGCUGAUGAUGAUGAGAAGGCAUUCCCUUUUCAUAGGAUCUACGAAAAAGCCAUCGCGGCGCUCAACGCGGGGAUGAAGGAACCGGAGGAUCAAAAUCCCGAAGUUCGCUAUACCGGAGGAGGGUUUUGGUUUCAACCAAGCGUCAUCAGACACGAGCUUCGAGAGUGGCUGCUCCAGUCCCUGCAGACUCUUCGCACUCCUUGGCUGGAAGACCAUCCGGACAUUCCAGACAAGAAUAUUUUCAGAGCGUCGGGACCCCUCGUCGACGACAACUACGCAUCGGUGGGUCGCAGCAAUCGGACAAAGUGCAGGACAGACUGUCCGCAGUUUGCGGCUGCGGCUGGUCACGAACGUUUGGAUUCGGACUUUAUCACCACGGUCAUGUCAGUGGCGGAGUUGUGCCUGCGUGACAAGGACGGAACCCCUCGCAGGCAGAGUCAGCGCGUGGACGACACCGAGAGGGGUUACAAUCCCAAGUCACGUCAAGGGAGGUGUUCAAUCCAUUCGAGGUCAUUCGCCAGCAUGUCUAGAUCAGCGCGAGGUGUGUUUAAUUUCUCGCGUAUCGAUUUGGACAACGAGCUGCAAGAGAUGGAGUGGGUUCACUAUUACGGCGUGUACAAGGACCUCUUCGAGAUAUACGGCAACCCGUCGAUGAUGAGGGGAGACUCGCCCUUGCCUUUGAUGUGCGAUCAAAGGAUGAAGGACCCUUUUGUUGUGUACCAAGUGGGUGACGUGGAUUUUAACGACCCAGAAGUCGUCAAGCUCGAGAUUAUCAACAUUCUAUGCUCAAAGUUCCGCGAUUUGAGUUCCGCGGAACUUGGAUCUGGGCUCAGCACGAAGUUCCUACCGGAUGUUCGCGGGCUCGCCAUGCUCCUCUUGGGCGAGCCGUUCGUAGACCUCCGACAAGGUUUCCACUACCGUGCAAAUACCAUCAGAGAUCCCAUCACAGAUGAAGAUUCUGUCAACUACGGGCAUAGGUACGGGUAUGAGGGGGUGAUGAAACAAGAUGCCCUGCACUGUCACGUUGACGAAAUCGCGCCGUCCGAUUGGCUCGCUUUGUUUGGGCACAACCCAGUCCUGAAUAACAUGGUCUUUGCACUGGCGGCUCUGUUCAGCAGGCUCGGUGUGAGCGAAUCGGAGAUGCGACGCUUGAAACAUUCACUGUCCAUGAACCAGGAAAAGCUGGACAAGACCAACGCGUCCAUCGCCGAGAAGGCUGCGGAGCUCGGCAAGGAGACGAAGAAGAUGCAGGCUAAGGUUAUCGAGCAGGAGAAGAAACUCGAGAAGGCUGUCGCGAACCAUAACAACGACAUCGCGUCGCUCACCGCUGAAAAGAAGAAAGCCGAGGCGAUACUUCGAACCGCGCAGUCGCAGCUCGAGAUCUUACGCACCGACUCGGACAAGAACACCAAGGAGUGGCUCAAGAAGGAGAAGGAGUUUGAGCGCCGGUCCAAGGAGCUCCAGGUGCAAGUGACCAAGCUCAAGAAGGAGAAGGCCAGCGAGCAGCAGGCGCAGGAGCUCAAGACGGCUAACCAGCGCGUCGCCGCCGCGCAAGCGGAGACGAGAAAAAAGGAGCAGGAGUUGGUGGACGCUCGCACCGCCGCGGCCAAGUUUGAGCGAGAGGCGGAGGAGGCAACCGCCGCCAACCGCAAUCUCACGGAAAAGGUGAAGGAGCUCAAGGCUGAGCUGAAGGGCGCGCAGCAAGCCGCGACGAGGGCGCAGAGAGAAGCCGACGCCAAGGCCUCUCAGCAAACGGCGCCGGAUCCCAACCCGAUUCUCCAGCAGAAGGCCAAAGAGCUUCACGAGUUGGAACGAGAAAUGAAGAAACUGCAGGUAGAAUUUGCCAAGGAACGCAAGCGCAUGAAUUGGCUCUGCGGAAAUAAAAUGCAGGAGACGAGCGAAGAUGAUCUGGAACAGCUACAGCAGGUACACCGCGCAGGUCUCAUCGCGCUCGCCGAUGAGUGGCAUCGGAGGAGACUGCCGUUCGAUGCGUGGGUGUUUCGCGACGGCUUACCCGAGCCGUACUUUCCGAAGCAACCCCCGCGGCGAGAGCCGCAACAGCAGCAGCCCGCGCAGCAGCCGGCGGCGUCAGCCGCGACCACCGUGGUGGGAUCCAUAACCGGAACGCAGUAUCAGACGUCGCUACGGCCCAACCCGUUCCAGUCGCAAGCCGAUCGCGGCCUCGGCCCCGCCACCGUGCCCAUCGGCGGGGGUGGAUCCGGGCCGUCCUCCGCAGUGGGAAGCCCCGCGCGGGGCGCCGCCGUCGGAGCCGUCGUCCAUGGAGCGAGGAUGGCGUCCAUGGAGCGCGCUCAAACGGGAACACACGGAGGGGGUUUCUUCGGUUCGGUCGUCGGCGCCGCGACGGACGACGACGCGCUCGAGCCGGGGAUGAGCUCGACCUCGGCGGGGGAUGACGUCGACAUCGGCGGCGGCGCCGGCGCGACGGGCGGGUCGGGAUCCGGAUCGGAUGGUUUUCUGGAAAGUUCCGGGUUUCCCCGGGGCUCGCGAUUCCAGGGCCUGGGGAACGGCACGUGGAGCGGGGUAAAUUCCACGUGGCGGUGA